GAAGUUUUGGUUAUUGUGAGGUAAAGCAUUGUGUUUACUCUCUACAAUGCGAUGAACACAUUAUUAUUGUGUACGUGUAAAAUGACAACAGACUAAUGCACUCUGUGUGUAUGGUGAAUGAAAUGUGACAGUUGACAGUCUGCUGUAUGCUACUCUAGUCAAACAAACCUGGCAAAGAGUUAAAAUGGAGUCUGUUUCAAUUCAGAUGUGGAUUUUGGUAGUCCUACUCUCCUUUGGUAAAGUUUCAAAUGUUGUUGCUUCCAAUAUCUUGAUAUCCUCACUCUACGGGGAGGGCAGUCAUUUCUUGUUGGGUGCCUCUAUUGGACAAGGACUCGUAGACAAUGGCCACAAUGUGACAUGUCUUAUUAGUAGAGCAUUCGAACACCGUACAUCCGAUCCAAAAUACACGAAUCUUUCCUUCGAGGUAUUUGACCAUCAUGACAGAUCUCUUGAAGAUGUACGAGACAUGUUCUACCAGUUUAACACAAAGGCAAUGGAAGGGGUCCAUAACCAGUUGAUAAAUGCGUUUACAGGUUUCGUGCGAACCAUUGCCAACGACUGUGAGGCGAUAUUGAAAGACGAUGCAUUAAUGAGGCGGCUUGGAAAGAUGGAUGCAAUUGUCAUGGACCUCACCUGGCCAUGUGGGGUCAUGAUCAAGGAAAUUAUCGAACAAAAUAUGAACUGGACCAGCAAUUUAACGGCGAUAUCUGUGACACCGUCUCCUCCACAAGCGAUCACCCUUGCCCUCAUGGGUUCAGCUUACAACCCUUCCUAUCAGCCAGAGUUUUUGUCCGGGUUGUCAACCCGAAUGACUUUCUUCCAGAGAGUGGCUAACAUUCUUCAAAGCGUAAUGUUCGUGUGCCUAGGUCAUUUAUUUAUAGGACCUAUCUAUUCUGAAAUUGCCAAGAACGUUGGACUCAAUCCUGAGAGUGCGAAUUUCUACACUUGGCAUAGAAAAUUUGAUUUGCAUCUCUUGAGCAUGGAUUUUUCGUCUGAGUUUCCAUUUCCUUUAGCUCCAAAUUUCAUUCCGGUCGGAGGACUCACCGCCUCGCCCGCCAAGGAUCUAGACCAGGAAUUGGAGGAUUUCAUGCAGAGCUCUGGAGAUGAUGGUGUCAUCCUUUUUACUCUGGGGACCUACUUCUCCCAAGUUGCUAAACGCCUACCGGGAUUUGUCGAAAUGUUUGCAGACGCUUUUGGAAGAUUACCACAAAAGGUUAUCUGGCAGUUGAUGGACCCACCUAAUGACCUUGAACUGCCGUCAAACAUUAAGUUAAUGCCGUGGGUACCACAAAAUGACUUACUAGGUCAUCCAAAGACACGAGUGUUCAUGUAUCAAGGAGGCAACAAUGGUUUCCAAGAAGCCUGUUACCACGGUGUUCCUAUCGCCAUCAUACCCCUGUAUGGUGAUCAGUAUGACGUAGCAGCCAGAGUAGUAGGAAGGGGGAUGGGACGAAAGCUGGAUAAAAACACCAUGAACGCCGAAGUUAUAUAUGAGACACUAAAGGACCUGACCACUGACACAAAGUAUAAAAACGUCGCAAAACAUGUCUCGGCAGUCAACAGGAACAACCCAAUGACAGCUCGAGAAAGGGCAGCAUUCUGGAUAGAUCACGUGAUCAAAUAUGGCGGAGAUUACCUGAGAUCGCCUGCAGGAGAAUUAUCAUUUAUAGUUUACCACAGCCUUGAUGUGGUCGCGUUCCUUUUCUCGAUCAGUUGUCUACUUGUGGCAAUCAUUAUCUCUACUCUUCUUUUUUGUUUAAGAUAUUGUCGUAGAAUUAUAAUUGGGACCAAUGGUAAAGAAAAAGGUGAUUGAUACGUUAUUUCAAUGAAAAGCGUGCUCCCAUAUUUGAAAUAGU